CCGAUGGCUGCUUCUAGGUGCUUGUGCUUGCACAGGGUGCAAACGGCGGAAACUUGUGUUUGUUCUCUUAAAGACGGCCGUGGUGUGUCCAAUCGUCUGCCGUCCCUGCCCGUCGGCCCUUCUCCCCAUUUGGCCCCCCAUGGCGGAUCUUGCUCUUCCGCCACCACCCAUGCGCACGCACAGCCAUGGAAGCGACCGGAGCGUGGCCUUUUCCGAAGGGAGCAUCGACUGCAGUCUGACGCCCGAUGAGCAGCUCCGCAGCGAGCUCCGUUCGUCGCGCCCACGGCACGACGCAGGCGAGCCUAGCAAUGCCGGACGCCCAGGGAACCACAGCUCGGGCACGGUCACACCUCAAGCGCAUCCUGGCCGACAUUCGCCCCCGCGCGGCCAAGCUGGGCAAGAGGCGGAGCUACUGACCGGCGGGGCUGCGCGACCACUGCGGGUCAACACCGAGGCAGCGCCCAACCCACCAUGGCUGGGAGACAAUGCAGGGACGCCGUUUCCCCUCGUCUACGCGCCCGAGUCGCUCGAAGCCUACUUUUCUACGCAGUGCCGCAUGCAGCCACGUUUGCCGGGACAGGAGUGGCAGAGACCACUAAGCUGGCCCGACGCAGGCGAGGAAAUCUUUGCAGGCGCCGAGUCGAUGCGGCCGCAAGGUGGAUGCAGCCAUUGCCAAGCGCGUCGGCGCUGUGAAAUGGGCGCGUACAGCUACGGCGUGCUGGCAAUCCUGGCCUCAUCCGAGAUGGCCAACGUGCUGCGUGGCGCCGUGCAGGACGUCGACUGUGCCGAGUUUCUCCGGGCAUUCAAUCGAGGCCAUUGGCACCAGGAGCUGCAGAACCUCGAGAAGACGUGGGUCAAUGGUGCAACCAUGUCGCUCCUCUACCUGUUUGCCUUGGGCCGCGCCUACCGUGUCGACCGGCCUAGCUUCUCUCCGCGGAUGCGGCUGCGCAUGUGCAUUCUGCCGUGGAUGCACAAGACUCUGCAGCAGCCUCGACUCGACGCGCUGCGCAUCGUCAUCCAGCGCUACCUCGACUGGGACGGCCUGUGCGAGGCGGCCAGCUAUCUGGCGGCCAACUUGAUUGAGAUCGGGCGCGACAACGAGCCAAGAGAGCUCAUUGCUUCGCGCUUUGGCCGCGUCAUGUGGCGCCUCACACAACCCGACCAAGGCGGCUCCAAGAUGAUCUGGGACCGCAUCGACCGCUUCUUGGCCAAUCCACAAAGAGGGGCCACGAUGGAGAUGGUGCUCGCGGACUGGGGCCGUUAUCGCGUCUGGCCGGAGCACCGCGCGCCAGACUCGCCGCAGACGGCCCUCCGCCAGGCGCACACCGAGGCCUUUUCCACAUUCAGCAUCCAUGACGAGCCCUUUCUGCUCCUCGAGUGGAUGCGCUACGCGGCCCAGGCCAGCCACGAGCGGCCCUGGCCUUUUAUCCUUGCUCCAGCACGGAGCGACGCAAACGAUGCCGAGCGACCAGCCAACGAUGUCGAGAGCCUCUAUUUUCUCGAGCUCUUUGCCAACAUUUUCUCCGUCGGCCGCGUUCUCAUCGUUGGGGUCCCACCGCGGUACAUGGUGCCUGGCCCCUCCAUGACGCCACAGGCGGAAGAGGCCUUGAUUGACGACGACUUUGCCUACAACGUCAAGCUGGCCUGCCGUGUCGCCCAGAAACGGCUGGGCAGCCCGUUUGUCAUUCUCCUUGCUCAAGGUCGCGAAGACAACGUACCGGGCGCCAAUGAGUACUUCCGGGCGUGAGGCUGCGUCGUAUUUAGCCCUUCUUUUGGUCCUUGAGCAUUUCUCUGGGAUGCGAUCUCGGGGCUGCAGCAGCAAAUGUCACUUUUAUACCCAGCUUUGUGGUGGGCAGAGUGUGUACGAGUGCGAGUCAGAAUAGACUGGGUGGG